GGGGGCCUAGUUAUCUUCUGACGUUGCCAGAAACCGGCCAGAAGGCAUAGAGGUUGCGUUCUCAGUUUGUUGCCAGAUUCGAGUGCAAAUCCCAUGACAGUACGCUCACACCAAAUCUCACUUCCGCGAAGCCUUCGCGAAGUGCAUCCUGAUUAGUAGGUUCCGCAUUUAGCCUAGAAUGGCAGACGAACUGUCAGAGCUUGAAGGGUCGGAAGCGUAAAAGGCACAGUAACGCGUACAACGACUCUGGCCUCGGUAUUGUCACAGCGUCACCGCUUUUAGCCCGAGCUGCGGCGUCAUGCGCGUCGCCGACAAUUCGGCGGAAGAAGCUUCGGCAGCUUCCGCCGUAGCAGCUGCCAUGGCGGAAUCUAGAAGCGGUUGGAAGGAGAACCUUUCCUGGACGAAGGGAGAGGGUACUACUUCUUCAGCGAGAUUCCGUGACACUUGCUCGGCCGCGGUGCUGUUUCAGGGAUCAGAAAUACGGAGUAGGUAUACAGUAGGUAUGGCAUAGGUACGUCUGCUACGGAGUAGCCUUGCUAUACGAACAACUAUACCUACAAUAUAGGAGAGCCCCCUGGUUCACCGUGCUGGUGGCAGCAUGGCUGGGCUGCGGGCUGGUCAUAGCGGCGUGGCUGCUCUACUCCAAGCACUCGGAGUACGUGGCGCGGAGGGAGGAAGCCCUGGGCGUGUGGUGCAAGGAGCGCGCGCUCAUGCUGCAGCAGCUGGUGCUCACCCACGCGGGGCAGACUCAGACUCUCGCGGGCAUUAUCUCAGUGAUGGGAAAGCCUGGCCGCAAGGGCAAGUGGGAGCUGGACACGUGUUUGAACGGCAGCACUUGGAAGGACUACCUCACUCACACGGCACCGACACGGCCGGGAAACACCGGGGCUGUGUCGUGUGUGUUUGUGACAGAUGAAGAGAGGCCGGCCUUUGAGAAACUGUACGGCAGCAUAAGGGACAACACUCGAAAUGUCAGCGGCCCGCACCCCAUCUACUGCCCCAAGAUCCUCGAGUUCACGACCCUGCUUCCGUAUAAUGGCACGGGCAAUGUAGACAUCAUGGCGCGGUUCUUUUCCGAAGUUCCCCUGGCCGAGGAGGGUAAACACUUCUACACGUGGCCGUAUCCCCUAGCGAACCAAUUGGAUCACGCAGGAUUCGGCGUGGCCUUUCCUCUUCGCCGCAGCCUGCCCGCGAACCACUCUAUUGAUCCAGCAGCGCCCACGGUGUAUGGGACGCUGGGCGCCUCUGUGGAUGUGACAUCCAUUGCAAAGAAGGUCCUAGAGGAGCUCUAUGUACCCGACCUGUCGAAAUCCUUUGAGCUCUACGACGUUACGGACCCUUCUUCCCCCUUCGCCAUCGUCUCACCAGUCCCGCCGCACGCCUAUUUCCUCCCCAACGACUCUCUCCCUCACAUGCGACCCUCGCAUGCCCCUGAAACCCGCCCCUGGGAGACCCGGGCGGUGGUGCGUUUGGAUGAGCUGGGGGGCGGUGUGCGCCAGUACGAAGUGUGGUGCCGCUACAUAUUGCCUGCGAGCACGUGGCUCUCGUGGGGCGUCCCCAUCUUCAGCGCCCUCCUCGCCCUCCUCCUUGUGCUGCUCGUGCUGGUGGCUGCACGGCUACAGCGGGCCAAGUUCUUUCAGACGCAGGAGCAGGUGGCGGAGGCAGACAGGCUCCGGAGGAAGGCGGAGGAUGCAGAGGCGUCUAAGAGCAUGUUUGUGGCAUCGAUGUCGCAUGAGCUCAGGACGCCAAUGGUUGGGAUUAUUGGCAUGCUCGAUGCUCUGGCGGAGAUGGCCCUCCACCCCCUUGAGCUCUCAGACGUACAAAUGGCACGGGCCUCCGCAACGGAUGCACUGCACCUGGUCAACCGAGUGCUCGACCUGGCGAAGCUGCAGGCAGGCAAGGCCGUGGUGGACGAGACGGUCGUUGAUGUGCGCGCAUGGCUCAAUACGGCGUUGGAGUGGCACGCAGAGGAUGCACAUGCCAAGAACAUUGAGUUGCGUGGCACGGUUGACGAAGGCGUUCCUGCUCAUGUCAUUGCGGACCAGAUGCACCUCUCCAAAGUGCUCAAAGAAAUCACAGAUAAUGCAGUCAAGUUCACGACACAAGGCCACGUAACGGUGCGUGUGUCCCUGGGGCCACAAGGAGCAAGCUUGCAAGACACCCUUAACUGGCAGGUCCCUUCGACAGCCCUCCCCUACACACCCCCUCAUACAACUGGCAACUGGCCACCCGCCUGGUUCUGUUCGAGAGGAGGCUGGCUAGAGGCUAGGCAGAGAUCGUCAGCAGCAACACGCACAAGGGAUGACAGAGGCCACGGAAGCAGGCAGAGAGGCCAUAACAGCAGGCAAUGCAGGCGAUUCCCCAUGAGCCAUGAUGAGCGGCGUGAGAUGGGGCACGGCGUGAGAUGGCAGGGCAGGAGCGGAAGCCCAUGUCUGCUGGUGGUGGCGUGCCAAGAUUCGGGAUGUGGCCUCCCACCGUCGCUUCACAGGGCCGAGGGCAAUGGAGGGGCUUCUUACUUCUCACUCACGGAGUCGUGGGAGCAGAGGGAGGCGAGGAGAGGGUCAGGCGCAGCACUUGGGCUCGUGCUGGUGCAGCAAAUGGUGACUCUAAUGAAGGGGGAGUUAGCCUUCGACUCACGGCCCAGGUGUGGCUCCACAGUUGCAUUCUGUGUGCCUGUAUCCAACCCCUCGUUACAAGAACACUGCUUAGAGUCACCGCAGUUGGAGGAACAGGAACCGCAGCAGGGGCAGAGUCAGCAGCAUCACCAGCGCCAGCAAUGGGAGGUGGUAUGGCAUGGCAAUGGCCAAGACAGGAAGUCAGGAGAUUUUCCAGGUGCCUCCAGCAGUGCUUACAAGCAGGAGGCGGGUUCAGGGGAUUGUUCAGGUGCUGGCAACAGAAUGCAGAAUGAGGAGUCUAUGAGGUCGGAAGAAUGCAGAGAGAAAUCGCAGCAGCAGCAGAGCCAGGAGAAUUCUCAGGCGGUCCAGCAAAACCAGAACCAGCAGUCGCAGCGGCAGCAGCAAUCACCACAGGAGCGAUUACUAGCGGGGACGAGGAGGGUACGUAGUGAAGGAGCGGGAUCGAGAGCAGUCGAGAGAGCAGAAACAGGGAGUGAAAGAGAGAGGCUGAGUGUGAGGCACCCACGAUUCAUCUCCAAUGCUGCUGGCACUGGCACGCAUGGACCUGCAGCAGCAGCGGCAGACGCUGUCACACGUGCGUGCCUCAUGGGCCUGCGCGUGUUGGUGGUGGACGACACGCCCGUCAACCUCAUGGUGGCCCGCCGCACGCUCGCUCGCUGGGGGGCGGUUGUAGUGACAGCAGGCAGCGGGGAGGAGGCUGUUAGGAUGCUUGUUGCGAGCAUGGGGGAAGCAAAAAUGCAAGAGUCAGCUGGAGAGGUAGUUGGGAAGGAAGCAGAGGAGGAAGUUGGGGAGGCAGGUGGGGAGGCAGGUGGGGGGGCAUUUGGGGAGGCAGGGGGGGAGGCCGGCUCUACGAUGGCAGCUGAGGGCGAGGUGGGGGGAAGAAGGGAUGGGGGCCAGACGAGAGGAGUCACUGGGUGCCGAACCUGCCAGCAUGGCUUUGACCUGGUGCUCAUGGAUCUGCAGAUGCCCGGCAUGGAUGGGUUUGGGGCAACAGAGGCCAUUCGGGCUCACGAAAGGCACAUGGGGUUUGGAAUGUUUCAGAGGCAAGGCGAGGAGGAACAUGCCAGCAUUGGAUGGAGUCAGGAAGGAAAGGAAACUAGGCCGGGUGUGAUGCCAGGAAGAGCGUGGUGGCAUGGUGGCACAGCAGCGGGAGAGCGUGCAAUGGUGCUGCAAACAGUGGUGGUAGAGUCCGUUGUAACGCAUGGGGGCGGGGAGAGGGAGGUGUAUUUGGGGCAGGUAGUAACUGGUGGAGGUGAGGAGGGGGGCGGCAUGGGGCCGGGAGUAGCAUCAAUGCAUGUCCAUGGGAAUGGUGAUGGUGAAGCAGAGGAUAGGCCAGAGGAGCAUGAUGACAUUCGGGAACCAAGUUUUGGGAAUGGGGAGAGGAGGCCCUCGCUUGUACAUGAGGGGUUGGUUGAUAGCGGGGUCGACCGGCCUGCUGCAAGGCCUGCAGGUAGCGAAUGGCUCGAGAGAAUCCAUGAGGAUGCAGAGGCGCCGCGAGGGGUGAGAGAAUGCGGGGGACGGCAACAGGCUGAUGUCGGUGAGCGGCAGAGUUUUGAGGAUGUGCCGGGAAUCCCAAGGAAACCUCAAACGCACCCGUCUGCCACGAGUGAGCAGCAAAGACCACUUCGCCUUCCCAUAAUGGCGCUGACAGCAGACGUGGAUCAUGGAGUGGUGCAGAGGUGUGCGGAAGGGGGUUUUGACGGUGUGCUUCAGAAGCCAGUGGACGCCCACCUGCUGGCAGCCCACCUCAGCCAAACGCACUUCCAGCAGUCACUCACUCGGGUCGCUUCCCAGCCGGCUUUACCGUGAUUCAAAUAGCCGGCUAGAGGGGUUUUUUAAAUGAGUUUUCAGAAAAGGCGGUGAAUGCCUGCUGGCUUCACUUCAGAGCCAGCGUUCAGGUUUUCCCCACAGGGAGGGAUGGCUUGUUUUGUUAAAACCACAGGCUAAAAUAUGGUAGCUGAGGGGGGCUUCAAAUGAGCCCCUCUCGAAGCAGGGGCACUUUUUGAGAAAUUUGGGUUGCUAGUGCGAAAUUGCAGGGAACUUUUGGGGCAGUUGCGCUGAUACGAACCCACCAUCAUCCACACCAACGGGAGGUUGGGCGAUUUCGGAUCGCGUGCGACGACGCACGACAGUUCAGUUCAGACAAGGAAAGGAAGCUGCGAUUGGGGCGUGUUCUUAUGUUAAAAUCCACCACACCACCCCUCUCGAAAUUGUAGGGAUUCUGCGCUGUGACGCAACGUGGAGCGAAGUGAGAUGCAAAUGUGAGGCAGGGCGCCUAGUGUGAACACGCUACAACCAGUAGAUUCUGAGAACUAGCCAUACGCACCAAAAGACUAGAAACCAAAGAAUGU